UGUCUUCAUCCACCAGGAGAGUAGCUGUGAAAUACAGGGCCACCAGAACAUUCAGUUACUGCUCAAAAACUAUGUAGAGGUGUGGUUUGAAAGUGGUGUGAAUCACCUCCAUUUGUUGACUUCUACAUGGAGGAAACAUUCUUAAGACUUUUAUUCUAGCUCAAAACCUUAUUUUUGGACAGAUUGCUAUUUUUUUUAUAAAUACUUAAGGCUUCUCUGGAAGUUCCUUUGGACAAUAUAGAAAUGAACUUUUGGUUUUUGCUUCCAGCAGUACUUUCCUUAAUAUCAUUCUUCGGAACAUGGACAGUGUAUGGCCUCGCUCUGGCAAAUCACCAUGUGUGCCCACUUGACAACUGGCAAUACACAAAUUCCUGUUCUCCGAACAGUACAGAAAGAUGCUGCAUGAUACAACACAUUCCAUUCAUAAGCACCUGUGGAAUGCAUGCUCCUGAAAAUGCCUUGUUCAGUGCAACUUUAAACUCUGGGGCAAUUUUAUUGCUUGUGUUCUGCAUCUUUCAACACGCUCACAUAAUCAAGAAGAACAGUGACAACGUCACGCUCAGCAGAAUUGGACUGGCAGUCGGAUGUCUGUCUUCGUUUGGAGCCUUUAUUACUGGAAAUUGCAACCCUGGGACCCUCAUGGUACUUCAUUACGUGGGUGCUGCAUUGUGCUUUGUGAGCACCUGUCUUUAUACUCUAAUCAUGAGUAUUCUGACUUACCGGUGCUUUAUAACAGGCCUGGAGUAUAUUCUUGCUCCGAUAAGGACUAUAUCGACCACCAUUCAAAUUACAGCCACCAUCUUCUAUACAGUUUUUUUCCCACAGGAAACCUAUGACUACCAGCAUAUUUCUGCCAUUUUUGAAUGGGUUUUGGCCACAAAUAUUCAACUAUUUGAACUGAGCUUUGUGGUUGAAUUUUAUUAUUUUUCUACUUCCAUGUUGUCUGUGCUAAUGACCAAAGAUGAGGAGGAAACAUCAUUGAUAAUGUCGUGAUGUGGUAGGAGAUUAGCUAGUUAAUAAAUUCAUUAUUAUAUAGUGUAAGCAAAUCUAAACUCAAUUGUGGAUAUUGUUUAUACUUUCUUGUUGGUAAAUGUUACGUUUUUGUUGUCUUGUUUUCACUAUUUAGUGUUUUACUAUAAUAUUUUUCCAAUCCAAGAACCACUUCAAAAUAUGUACAUAAGUACUGCUAGGACUCUAUGCCAUGAACAACGAACUUAACACAGAGGUCAGUUAGUAGCUAGGAAAACUGUCCAGAGCAUCUGAUUCAUUCAAUAAAAUAUUACCUUUAUAUUCCAUAAACACAAUGCAUGAAAAUAUAAACCACAUUCACACAGGCAGCAAGAUUAGUAACAACAACAAAUGCAAGCCAUGGAAUUACAAAUCACGCUGCCAAAAUAAAAAUAAAAAUGCCGUUCUACCUUGUAACUGGUCAUUUUAUGAAAACGCUCCGACGUGAUUCAGUGGAAACAAUUUCAGCAUCAUAUAUAAUAUUAAUCAUAAGAUAUUGAAAAAUACCAAAUUUAGGAAGACUAGGCUGUGAAUUUGUCUUUUUAUGUGCUCUCUGCGAGUUCAGCUUUUCAGCUACAUGGUUAGUGUUUUCAUCAGGUGUGGAAAAAGUAUUCAAACGUGUUACCUGAGUAAAAGUACUGUUACUUGGGGAAAAAUGUAAUUCAGUAAAAGUCAAAGUAUCCUUCUAGAAAACUGCUUGGGUAAAUUAAAAAAAAAAAAAAUCAUAUCUUAAAAGUACUGAAGUAUCAGGAGUAAAAAGUAGACGCCUUUAAAUUGUACCCAUGGAAAUCCGCCUGAAAAAAAAAAAAACCUUGUCCUGCAGACCAACAGUAUAUACUCGCUUCUGAUAUUAUUGACCUUUCCCUGCUUGAUGGAAGACAAUCUCCGUUCUUAUUGUACACACUCUGUCAAUGUAUACUUCCCAGCUGUCCUUACUGUAUAUAUUUAAAUUUAGAAUAGCAAAUAGGUUGUUUUUUUUUCUUUUUUUUUUUAACGCAAUCGAAAAUAGUGUUAAUAGAGGCUAUAGCAAUUACUCUAUUGUUUUAUGCACAAGUUGUAAAACAAAUGGAUGCAGACUGACCUUCAAUAACUUUAUUUCAACAGAUCACCAGCAACACAGACACGGUACCUGUUCUCUGACAGCACUCUGAAUAAACUUUAUGAACACUUACAAAAAGUAGCCAGUAAAUACUGUUAUUUAGGUGGCUAUACAAAUAUGCACUCAAAUCCGAUAACAAACACUUCACAAAACAGGGUACGAACAGCUACAUGUAAGUAGAAUAUUUUAAUUAAAUAUGGUACCGUGUUAAAUUGUUAUUUACACCGCAACUGGAAGUAGCCUACAGGGUCCGUCGCUUGGAUAAACCAAAGCGCCUGAACAGACCACGGAUGUUUUUUGAGAAAAUCGCAUUACUCAUGGAAUACUAGAGGUAAACGCUUAGCAACAAAAACUAGUUCUUCAUAAAAUCCGGACAAAACUAGUAGAAAAACUGUUUUUAAAAAUGUUGUUUAACGUAUCCAUAUUCAAUAGCGCUUGAGCCUUGUCGCCUUCGGCUCGGGCAUGUAACUGCACGAAGCAGGCUCAAAUGCUUAAUUUAAAUUUCAAAUCAGAAAUUAAAUGUUUAGUCACAACUUUUAUCCAUAAAUAAAACACAAUUAAUUCAUUAAAUAAUCCUAGGAUCAAAAGUUAAAAAUGUGAAAUCCUGUUUUGAAACUGCUUGUAGAUUCCUGUUACACUUCUAAAGUUAAACUACUAAUGCAUCCUCCACAGCUAAACGUUGUGUUUGUUGAUUGGUUAUUUUUAAAAUCAAAAUGGUCUCUGGUUGGGCAUCAACAUACAUGCCAUCAUCAAAGCAAGCAGACGCAGUUACCCAACUUUACCCAGUCAGAAUCCUGGCUAGCGCAAGACUUGGUGUGCAUAAAGAGAGAGCAAUGAAAUGUUUCUGGGAAAUGUAGUGCAGUAAAAAGUACAGUAUAUUCUAAACAAACAUACUUGAAUAAAAGUACAAGUAUCCCAAAAACAAAUACUUAACUAGUGUAACAAAGUAUUUCUACAUUGUAACUUUCCACCCCUGGUUUUCAGGGUGUCAGAGUUGGGGCUGGCUGUUAUAGGCCCUAAACCUAAUGUCACACCUAAUUUCCCCUUUUGAAGGAUUUCUGCUUGAUAGGGCCUAACUACCAGUGGAAACGUUAAUUGUUAACAAGAAAGGAUGCCCACACUUGAGCCGGGCACCACUGCACUGUGGAAUUUAGAGUGUGCUUCACUGCUCUAUAAAGAUUCUAUGAAGCUCUUCUAGGCAGUUGAACUGUUACAAUGGUCAAGAGCCAGACUGUUCCUGUAUUUGUGAACCCAGACCAGGGCAGAUAUCUGUUCAGUCACAGUACUCCGUUUUAGUGUUCUGCUUUUCAUUGUUAUGUCUGAUUAGGAUUAUAAAUGUUUCUUGUUGCUUGGUAAUCACUAAGCUGUGUACUGAAAGAGUAAAGCCUAGAGCUCUAUUCAGACUGUUUUGUUGUGCAUUGGCUGUGUGCAGUACAGUGCAUGAAAGUCAUAUCCUUGACAUCAGCAGAAAUCGUGAAGAACAGAAACAUUUAAGCUUGGAUUCAGGCAAUAUGCUGCUUUUUGUUUUACCAUCUUCAUAAUAAAUAUUUAUGUAUGUGUGUAAAUGACCAAAAUGUUAUUUAAUGUAUUAUUAAAAUAUCAUGAAAUGUGAUCUUUUCUAGCUUUCAAGUAUUUGUGUGGGUUACCAAACGAAUGAAGACCUCAAUGUUAAAAUGAGAUCAAAUAAAAGAAUGUAUUCAUUCUCUGCGGUAACACAGUAAACUGAUAGCUGCUGAUUUACUUCUAACUGAACAGGGAGGGGAAUAUAUCUGAAAUAAAAAUACAUUUAUAUUCUCUAGUUAUACACGUUAAACAAUUGCCUGUAUGUCAUAAUAAACUAACAAUCUAUCAUAUCUAUCGAGCAUCCUGUUUCCUGUCAGCCGCUGGUAUUCAUGCACAGCAGACAUAGCAAUUUAAACAGGAUCUGGCCUUGCAGGGUGUGAGUCAUUUCCAUUGCAUAACUGGAAAAAUCCCAACCUGUGGUCUGAGAAAAUUCCCCAAGUUAGGCUACAAAUAUCCACUCAUACCCACAGGCUAUCAAUCCAUUAGAACAAACUCUCUGGCUUAACCAGCCUAGUUUCUAUUAAUGUAUCUAAUCCAACUAUUAUGACCUAUUUCUCAUGCUAUGGUUAACCAAUCACUGCUAAAAUGUAUCCACAUUCUAGAAUUAAAAAAGGAGUGAAAUGUAAGUAGUCUUUGCUGUUUUCAGAAACCUGUACUCUAUAUUUCAUUUCAUUCUGUCACUUCAUGUAUUGUUGUUUGUCAAUGCAUUACAGUAUAUGAAAUGAUUGAAUAACCUUAUCUGAGAAUGUUAUUUUUUAUUAAUUCAGUACUGUAAUUAAUAGCUUGUUUAAAUACCAAAUCCAGGGAUUAAGAACACAAACAGAUUUCAGUUGUCAGAAAUUGAGGGUCGACAUUUAAACUGGAAAGGUGCAGAUUCCCUCUUGGCUAAAAUUAUCAAGUGGACACAUGUUUUGGCUGAAUUAUACUUUAAACAUAUUUUACACAUAGCUUCCAAAACACUGAUGAAGACACUAGUUUGUCUACUUGCACUUUACCUCAGAGUUAUUACUGAGUGUUUGAAGAUACACUAAGAAUCGAGUUAUAAGUACAAUCAAGCUCCAAAAUGAAGGGCAGAUAUCAACAAAAAUGUUUUAAAAAUAUGCAAAUUAUCUGUAAACUGUAAAGCUUGUUAGCUGAAUCUGGAUUAUUUGAAAUAUGGUCCCAGAGCUGGUUUAUUAGUAUCACAGCAUUAAUGAUAGUGAAAUGGCAAGCGUGACUUUCAAUGGCUUCAGAAACUUAGAGUAAGUGGUGGGGUUCUGAAAAGUAUAGCUAUAUACGUCUCCCACGUGUUGCUACAACUGUUUAAAUAAUGUGCUGUGGCGGAGUUCCCGUCCCUUUAUGUUUAUUAGUGU